ACUAAAACUUAAACUAGUCUCUUCCUUCACCAAUUUCAGUUGCCAUCAAUAAGCCAAUUGACAAUUUUUUAUUUUAUUAUUAUUAUUUUUUUCUAUUUCUGCAUCCCUAUUUCUUAACUCUGCAAAAGGAGUAGAUACAGUACACAGAUUUAUUUGACUACUUCUUUGGAUUUCUCUUCUUUGGUCAGUUCUUGUCUUGCAUUAUGGACUUCUUGCAAACAUCUGAAGGCCAAUUAUAUGUGGGUGUUGCUGUUGGUCUUGUUGCUGUCGGAUCUGCUGCAUACUUCUUAUUUUCCUCCAAGAAACCCAAAGCGUGCUUGGAUCCCGAGAAUUUUAAGGAGUUUAAGCUUGUGAAGAAAACGCAACUCAGCCAUAAUGUGGCAAAAUUCAGAUUUGAACUUCCUACACCCACAUCUGUGUUGGGACUUCCUAUUGGACAGCACAUUAGUUGCAGGGGUAAAGAUAGUCAAGGUGAAGAGGUCAUUAAACCAUACACUCCAACUACCUUGGAUUCUGAUGUUGGAUACUUUGAGUUAGUUAUAAAGAUGUAUCCACAAGGAAGAAUGUCCCAUCAUUUCCGAGAGAUGCGUGUAGGUGAUUAUCUGUCUGUUAAAGGACCAAAGGGUCGCUUUAAGUAUCAACCUGGCCAAGUGAGAGCAUUUGGAAUGCUUGCUGGAGGCUCUGGCAUUACGCCAAUGUUCCAGGUCGCUAGAGCUAUUCUUGAGAUCCCAAUUGACAAAACAAAGGUGCAUCUGAUAUAUGCUAACGUUACAUUUGAGGACAUACUUCUAAAGGAAGAAUUGGAUAGCCUUGCAAAUAAUUACCCUGGUCAAUUUAAGAUUUACUAUGUACUGAAUCAGCCUCCUGAGGUGUGGAAUGGUGGUGUCGGGUUCGUUUCCAAGGAAAUGAUUCAAGCUCACUGCCCUGCACCGGCGUCUGAUAUUCAGAUAUUGAGAUGCGGACCUCCUCCUAUGAACAAGGCCAUGGCUGCUCAUUUAGAAGCUCUUGGAUAUACCUCAGAGAUGCAAUUCCAAUUUUAAUCCUCGCAUACGAGAUUUUGGUCUUUAUUUGGUCGUGACUUGAUAUCAUUCUUGGGGUUUUUUAGUGUAACUCCCUUGCGAAUAAAUCGUAGGCCAUAUUUCUUUUAAUUGAAUAACAGGUUUUCCCUGAGCUUAGUUUGCCUACACUUAUGUGUAUGUUUGACAAGGCUUUCGAAAAAUCAAAAGCUGCUGCUUAUACUACGAAGCUAUUUUGAAUAUCUUUGAAUAAUUUUCUGAAUU